UUUUAGUAUAAGGGAACCGUGUCAAUAAUUUCUUCUAAUUUCAUAAUGAAAGUUGAGUAACUGCUCCAGUUUACCCCCAAAACAGAAGCACAACAAAUGCGCGUUGCUCCGCCCCCCCACUGUGUUUGUCAUAAACCUGGCUCCUGGCUCCAAUAAACCCGGGCUAAGAGCGCCCUGGGCUCGCCUCCUUCUCCAAGGCGAUCAAUAGGAUCUCAGGCGCACUCCAAGCCUCUCUUACGUAGACAUCCAACAAGGAGAGAGCCGACACAACAACACGCUUGAGCUGCUCCAACACAAAAAAUCUACCUGCUUUCUGAAUCAUGUCGUUGAGCCCAAAGCACACAACGCCUUUUUCAGUGACAGAUAUUUUGAGUCCAAUCGAGGAGACCUACAAGAAGUUUAGUGCCAUGGACGGCGCAGGGAACCUAACCUCUCCACUGGGAGCCUACCGGCAGCCUCAGGUGUCUCAGACCGGCAUGCAGCAGCACUCCAUGGGCCACAACACCGGCGUGGCCACCGCCUACCACAUGCCGCACUCGGUGUCCCAGUUCUCCCACAGCGCCAUGGGGGGAUACUGCAAUGGGAGCAUUGGCAAUAUGGGAGAGCUGCCGUCCUACCAGGAGAGCAUGAGGAAUAGUGCUGCAGCAACAGGCUGGUACAGCACCAACCCGGAUCCAAGAUACUCCACCAUUUCUAGAUUCAUGGGACCUUCCACAGGUAUGAACAUGGCGGGCAUGGGGGGUCUCACCGGGAUGGCGGACGCCUCCAAGUCCAUGCCGGUGCUGCAUGCUGCACCCAGGAGGAAGCGGCGCGUCCUCUUCUCGCAGGCUCAAGUCUACGAGCUGGAGAGGAGGUUCAAGCAGCAGAAGUACCUGUCGGCACCGGAAAGGGAGCACCUGGCCAGCAUGAUCCACCUGACGCCGACCCAGGUGAAGAUUUGGUUCCAGAACCACCGAUACAAGAUGAAGCGCCAAGCAAAGGACAAAGCGGCGCAGCAGUUGCAGCAGCAGCAACAACAACAGAACCAACAACAACAACAACAACAACAACAGGACGGGACCAUGUGCCAACAACAGGCCCAAUCCCCGAGACGUGUUGCCGUACCGGUUCUGGUCAAGGACGGCAAACCGUGCCAGAACGGCUCCAACACGCCGACGCCGAACCAGCAAGGUGUGCAACAGCAGCAGAACCAGCAACAGAACGGAGCCGGAGUGGUUCUAGGCCAGCACCAGAACCAGCAGCAGGUGAACGCUUUGGACCUGGAGGAGAUGUCGCCCAGCCCCCCUUCCCUGCACAGCCAGCUCAGCAUGGCUCAGAUAGACAGUUCUGCCGUAGACUACACCAGUAACAUGGUCAGCUCGAACCUGCUUUACGGCAGAACGUGGUAGGACCGAUGCAGACACUUUUCUACCAACCUGCGGAUCAUGAGCCCAUCAUAAACACACACAAACACAUACAAUAUAUAAAUAAAAUAAAAUAAAAGCGAGGCCCCAUGGGGGACGCACUGACAACAAGUACCAGCUGACCAGGGCACAUUUUCUUGACAUCUCUAAAGGAGGGAGUCUAUUUUUGAACAUUAAACACAUGCUUGACCUUUCAAGACGCUUUGGACCCCUUUUGUAAUCUUUUGGACCUUCCUCAUAAUGUUUUAAUGCUAGUCUAUGUUGAGAAAAAAAACAAAAAAAAAAGAAUAUGGGACAGAGGUGAGCUCCAGUUUGACGUCACAACUGGCAUUUUGUCAUAUUGUAAACUAAUGUAUUCAAUUAGAAUAUGAAAUAAAUUAGGGACUUGUCUAACACGACAAUGCGUUUUAAUUGUAUAAAUACUCGUUAUUUGUUUUCUUUAUUCUUUUUUGUAAGUUAAAAACGGAACAAAUGGAGCUGCUGUAUAUGUUUCAAACCCAAGUGAACAAUAAGAAUAAAUAACUUGAAGUGUGAGAGCUAUUUCGGAGGAAGUUUUUUUUUUUUUUUUUUAAAGAAUUUGUUUUGAAGUGCAUUUUCAUUAUGUUGUGAUUGAGACCAAAUUGAGCUGGAAAGCAAGGUCGAUGAGGGAGCCAGUAUUGUUCAGGUGACAUUUUGAAGGGCUGCCUUUUAUACUGGAUGUCUGUCAUAAGACCGGAGCAUAUCCCCUCUAAAAAAAAAAUAUCAUUGACUAACACUUGCCUGCAGGGAAACCACUAUCUGCAAUCUAUACUGUAUAUGCACGUACUAUACCUCCAUCAUUUGGCUUCCUUUUGCCGUUAUCUGAUUGGACAGUUUCAUUUUUGAACGCAACUUGCCAUGCAUAAUUACCACCUCGUAUUAUAUUUGAUAAAUACUUGUAUUCAUAUUAUAUAAUAAUUGUAAAUAAUAAUAACUAGUGUGUAUCUUACUAAAAACUAUAUUUGGGUAUAGGCUACACUUAAUUCAUAUCUAUAUGAAUAAAGAAAAUUACAUAAAUAAAAUAAUAUAUAAUAUUAUUAUUAUAUUAUAAUAAUAUAUAAUAAAAUACAUCAAAUUCUUAAUGUGAAUUUUCCCAUUCAAAUCGGACAUAAUAUUUUUUUACA